AUGAAACAGUCUCUUUUGUUUUUUUUCUUUGUCUGCGUUUUAACGCACGCACUUCGUACCUCUACAGCUACGCCAUCUCGAUUUACUAAUGUUCAUUCAUUUCCAUUAUUUAAUUCGGCUGAAACUGGUCUUCAUAUGCCAGCUCUCGGUCUUGGUACCGGUUUUUAUGGUGAACAAAACGUGCCUUAUGGCACUUAUCCGGAAUGUGGCGCAGAACCACCUGGAUGUGGUCCUAGUACACAGAAAGCAGUAUACACAUGGUUGACUAAAGCGGGUGGACUUCGACUCGACUGUGCUAAUUCGUAUUACAAUCAACGAUCCGUUGCGCAAGGAAUUCAGCAAAGUCUCGUCGAUCGAUCAGAAGUUUUUAUUUUAAGCAAAGUUGGACCGACUUUUCCUUUAGGCUACAAUGAAACGAUCAAUCAAACGUUGGAUAUUCUGCAAGAACUUCAAACGACUUGGAUCGAUCUAUCACUCGUACAUUGGCCAACCAUGAAACAUCCCGGUCAAUCGGAUGUACCAAAAAGUUCUGAUCCAGCAUGUAAUACUACUAAUCCACUCACGUACAAUGAAAAAGAUUGUCGUCUAUCGACAUGGUCUGCCAUGCUUUUAUUAUUUGAACUUGGAAUAGUUCGAUCUAUUGGUGUAUCAAAUUAUAAUACCACACAUUUGCAAGAAAUGAUUGAUGCUCGCCUGCCAUUACCAAGCGUCAAUCAAGUUUCAUUUAAUCCAUAUAAUUAUAGAACUGGACGAGCAGAUUUACUAGAAUUUUGUCAAAAUAAUCAUAUUCAAUUAGUAGCCUAUUCACCGUUAGGAGUACCAGAUGUACAUCGAUAUCCCGUUACACAUCAAAACAAAACAUUAACAGGUAUGUCUCCUACAUUGCUUCAAGAUCCAGUCAUCAGUUCAAUAGCCAAAAUUUAUAAUCGAACUGAAGCACAGAUUAUACUACGUUGGAUACAUCAAUUGGGAGUUGCAUCGAAUCCACGCUCAAUGAACGAAACACAUAUGAAAGAAAAUCUUGAUAUUUUUGCAAAUCCAUUUACAAUUAACGACAACGAUAUGAUGCGCAUUGCUAAUCUAGCGCAAGAUACGUGUGACGUUGAUCCGGACUGGUAUGAAUGUGUAGGAAAUGGAAAUCUUCCAUAA